UUUGAUCAGUCGAUCAAUCGCGUUCUGUCCUGAUCGUAAUAUACCACGGGGGUUCGGUGAUGGGAGUGUUCACACCUCGAUAAACCCUCUAGCUGAUACACACACUCAGCACCACAUCGGCAUAUGCACAAUAUCCGAACGAAGUGAAUGUCGAGCUGAUCAGAACGAAAACACCACGACGACAUUGAUGCGGACACUCGAUCACCAUGGACUCGCCAAUACAUAUUCCGAACACCGUAGCGGUCGCGAUUGAUCCGGUCGCUCUGGUCGUCACAGAAUGUAUCACAGUCACAUCUGCCAUGCGAAAGCAUGCUCGCUGGGCGCAUUCGUCUAUAUCCUCAAUUCUAGGAAACACGACUCGGCCAUCGUCCUCACAGUCCGAAACAAAGACGACAAACCACGAAAGGAAUCGAAGUUCCAGUAAGAUCGAUAUCAUCGAGGAUAACGGAGCGUUGACAUCGAGAUGGGGCCUGCGUGGAAAGAAAGGCCAGAGCUUGCAGGACAAUCCCCUCAUGAGUGCAUUCGCGAAACUACGCUCGGAUCUGAAAUAUUGCAAAGACAUUCAGAACUUCGAUGCUCCUAGUCUUCUCCAGCCAUUCCUGCAGGUAAUCCGCAGCUCUAGUACGACUGCGCCUAUCACGAGUCUUGCGUUGAUCGCAAUCACCAAAAUGCUGGCCUACAGGAUAAUUCAUCCGAAAAUGCCCAACUUCAGCUUCGCAAUGCAAUCACUUGCUUCGACAGUUACUCACUGCCGUUUCGAAGGCGACAAUACAUCCAGCGAUGAAGUGGUGUUCUUGAGGAUCCUCAAACUAAUGGAAGAUAUGAUCUGUGGAGCGUCAGGGGAUGUCCUGGGAGAUCAAAGCGUUUGCGAGAUGAUGGAGUGUGCUCUGAGCAUAUGCUGUCAUCUGCGAAUGAGCGAGGUACUUCGCAGGAGCGCAGAAAUCAGCAUGGUCACGAUGUGUCAAACGAUCUUUGCGCGGCUAAAGACGCUGGAGACGGAAUUCGGGGAGGAGCCUACUGCUUUGGAGGAGGCUGUCCUACAAGCAGACAUGGACGCCGCAAAGAUUGACUCUUCACCUAAUGGUGAGCUCGGGCCUGAUAGCAUGACCAAGGUACGGGUGAGCUCGAGUCUGGAUGUUCCCAGCACGAAUGGGGCUGCAGAUCGACCAUCAAUGGACACAAGCGCAAGUUUUAUGGAUCUUGCAAAGCCAACAGACACGGAGGUCAAGCCGUAUGGUCUACCGUCCAUCCGUGAGCUGUUCAGAGUGCUUGCAGAUCUGUUGGAUCCGCACGAUCGACAACGGACGGAUACCUUGCGUGUCAUGGCUCUGCGCAUCGUCAAUGUCGCACUGGAGGUAGCAGGGCCGAGCAUUGCCAAUCAUCCAAGUCUCGCCUCAUUAGCGAAAGACACUCUUUGCCGAAAUCUGUUUCAGCUCGUGCGGUCAGAGAACAUCGCAAUCCUACACGAAUCUCUACGAGUUGCAGGCACACUUCUCGCGACGUGUCGGAGCGUACUGAAGCUCCAGCAGGAACUUUUCCUCUCUUACGUGGUCGCGUGCCUGCAUCCUCGCGUGCCCAUCCCUGACGAGCCAACAAUUGAUCCAUCCCUUUAUCAGGGAGUGCCUCAAGCACCCGCGCUGGUCAAGCAACCGACCAGCGGGCCUGAAAGCGGCAGGGCAACACCGGUGCCUGUGCGGGACAGGCAGAAGCUUGGUAUGGAGGGCGGCUCGCGCAAACCAGAUGCUCGGGAAGCAAUGGUAGAGAGCAUUGGCGGUCUCGUCAGAAUACCCAGCUUCAUGGUUGAAUUGUUCGUCAAUUACGAUUGUGAAAUUGAUCGAAGCGAUCUAUGUACAGAUAUGGUCGGUCUUCUCUCGAGAAACGCUUUCCCGGACUCUGCUACAUGGAGCACAACGAACGUUCCGCCGCUGUGUCUCGACUCCUUGCUCGGCUACGUCCAAUUCAUUGCGGAUCGUUUAGACGACGAACCCUCCACUGAAGAUCUACCCGCAAAAGAGAAGCUACAUGAGCAGCGUCGGCGAAAAGGCGUCAUCGUUCAAGGUACUACCAGGUUCAACGAGAGCCCAAGAAAAGGCAUCGCAUAUCUCGCAUCUCAAGGGAUCAUAGAAGACCCCAAUGAUCCAAAUUUGGUGACAGCAUUCCUCAAAGGGACGGCGCGGAUUGAUAAGAGAAUGCUCGGUGAGUUCAUCUCUAAGAGAGGGAGCGAGGCGAUAUUAGAUGCAUUCAUGGACCAGUUCGACUUCCGAGGUCAGCGUGUGGACGAAGCGCUACGGCAAAUUCUCAACAGCUUCCGAUUACCCGGAGAAUCUGCUCUGAUCGAGCGCAUUGUCACUGUCUUCAGCGAGAAGUACUUUGACACCGCUGAAGCUACAGAGGUUGCCGAUAAGGACGCAAUUUUCAUCUUGACAUAUGCAAUCAUCAUGCUAAAUACCGAUCAGUACAAUCCCAACAUAAAAGCCGCCAACCGCAUGACAUAUACAGACUUCUCGCGGAAUUUGCGAGGCGUCAAUGGCGGCAGAGACUUCGAACCUCAGUAUUUACAGGACAUCCACGAGUCUAUCAAAACGAGAGAAAUCGUCCUGCCCGAGGAGCACGACAAUAAGCAUGCUUUUGAGCACGCCUGGAAGGAGCUUCUCAUCAAGACGCAAACGUCUGAGCGCCUCACCAUAUGCACCAAUACCAACAUCUACGAUGCCGACAUGUUCGCCGCGACAUGGCGGCCGAUCGUUGCGACCCUCAACUACGUUUUUGUCUCUGCAACCGAAGAUGCUGUCUUUCAGCGUGUCACCACAGGAUACAGCCAGCUCGCCCAGAUUGCUGCGAAGUAUGGCGUUCACGAGUGUCUCGACCACAUCAUCCUGAGUCUGAGCAAGAUCAGCACCUUGGCCGUUGAUGGCGCGAGCACAGCACUAAACACAGAGAUUGUUGCACAAGGGAAGAGCAUUAUGGUCAGCAAAUUCGCUGUGGACUUUGGCCGAAACGUCCAGGCAGAAUUAGCUACUCUAGUCCUCUUCCGUGUCAUCAAUGGUUGCGAAGGUGUGGUCCGCGACGGAUGGAACCCGAUUGUCAAAAUCAUCGUCAACUUGUUUGUCAACUCCCUAAUACCGACCUCGUUCAAGUCCAUCUCACGCGAUCUGGACCUCCCACCCAUACCACUUCAGUCACCCUCACAGGUCAUUGAACGGAAUGAAAAGAGCGCAGAUGUCGGCCUUUUCAGCGCCUUCACGAGCUACGUCAGCAGUGUCAUGAACGACGAACCGCCAGAACCUAACGAUGCCGAGAUUGACGCUACACUAUGCACGGUCGACUACAUUAAUGCUUGCCACUUCGAGAAAAUCUUGGGCAAUGUCAGCGAACUACCUGUAGAGUCGCUAAAGACAUUGACUUCGGCAUUAUUGGCACAGCUUCCACAACAGGAUUCGCCACCGCUGACGACUGUCAAACCCGAAGUUCCUGCUCCUUCACACGGUCGCAAUAUAAAUAAGGGCGGCGUGGAUCAGCCAUCCUACAAUCCUGCCGUUGUCUACGUCCUCGAAUUAGCUACCAUUCUCGCUCUGCGAGACGAGGAAACUAUCACCACACUUGGUGCGGAUGUGGCCGAGGCAUUACAAAACGUAGUCCGCGAUGCCGAACGUCUGCAUCCCAUUGCACUCAGCCGCACUGUGUUCUACCUUUUGAGCUUGCUUCGGGCGAGCUAUGAUCAUGGUUUCAUUCGUACUCCGGUCGUUCUGCAUGGCAUCUCCAGCUUCCGUCCAGACGUCCUUCGGGAAUGCGCCCAAGGCAUUCUCAAAGGUCUCUACGGCUGCAUCAGUGGUCCUCCGGAGCUCAGACACGAGAUGGCUAGUAGCCCUGACUUCUGGGCAGUACUGCAGGCGCUUCAGCCGCAGCAGGCCGAAGCUGCAUCCUUGGUCUCGCAGAUCACAGAGGCCGUUAUCGCAGAUGGUGCUAUAACACCAGAUAAUUACGAGGCGGCGAUCAUUUUGCUCAACAACUUUGCCUCUGCAGCUAGCAUUGGCGCACGACAAGAGCAGCAACGAGAACGCGAACAUCAAGGAGGCUCCCGGCGUGGACAGCAGCCAGCCGCUGUCUCCGCAGUUCUCGAGGAUGAAAAGAAAUUGCAAAAGUCCCCGGUGCUCCUCCGCGGCCUUCGUGCAAUCACUCUUGUCUCUCAACUCGCUGCACAGGUGCCCGCGCUCGUCUCCAAAUCACAUCUCGAGCCAGCAGCGGCAUGGCGGACGUACUGGUCUCCAGUAUUCCGCUGCCUGGCAAAGCAAUGCGUGAAUCCCUGCCGCGAGAUCCGCCAUCAAAGUUUCCCCGUCCUGCAGCGCAUCCUCCUCUCUCCCGAACUUGCCACACCGGAGCACGACGAAUGGACCAACAUCUUUGGCGAAGUGCUGUUCCCCAUGGUCAACGUCCUGUUGAAACCCGAGACCUACCAAAGCGAUCCUCUCGGCAUGAGCGAGACGCGCGUUCAGGCCGCACAGUUGCUCUCCCGCAUAUUCCUGCACUACCUUGUCCUACGCGGCGAAGGCGAGUACGACGCCGUCCUCGACCUCUGGACCCGCAUCCUCGCGAUCAUGGACCGCUUCCUGAACUCCGGCGCCGGCGCACAGGGCAUGGGCGUGCUCGUCGAGGCUGUGCCAGAAUGUCUCAAGAACAUCCUCCUCGUCAUGUCCAGUGGCGGCUACAUGGUCCCUCCGCCUGGCAAAAAUGCCGAAGACACUCGCGCUGAGGGUCAAAAGAAGCUCUGGGCCGAGACGAGCGAGAGGCUUGAGCGAUUCCUGCCGGGUCUCAUCGCCGAUGUCUUCCCCGAUGCAGAGGUUCAGGUGAAGAGCCCUCUACGAAGUGCAGCCCGUGUCUCGCAAACAUCUGCAAAGCCCAAAGAAGCGGCUCCUGCGAAUGUUUCAACAGCUACGCCUGUGACGGCCGAUGCGAAGGCUGGAAAUGGCGAGGUCGUCAGCAGCGCGGCGCCUGUCACUAAAGAAGACGAUUUGGAUUAGAUGUGAUUUAUUUCAUGCAUUGCUGGUCUAUGGUCGUUAGACGGUCUAUCUUCUCGGCAUUACAAAGAUGUCCAGGUACGAAGCCCGCGCAAAAAAAAGAGCGUGGGUUGUGCAGGUGCGAAAGAUUUACCAAUACCAUGUAGAGGCAACGGAGGAAAGGCGUGUGUCGGCGUUGCAAAGGAUGUAGUAAUUAAACCUCCGCGUUCCUGGUUGUCGUUGGGAGAUCCAACUCCUCUAGUAGGCUGAAUGCCCACUCUUCCGGAUCCUCCCAACAUCAAUUCGACCCCUAUCUUCUUCAAAUGAUUUGUAGCAAUGGAAGAAACU